GCACCGGGUUUAAACCCGGUGCUUUGGUAAAAACCCAAUAAACACCCAUAAACUCCCAUAAUCACCCAAAAAAAUAGGUUUUUACGUAUUUUUUUGAAAAUAUGUAAGUAAUACCAAUAAAUUAUUUUUAUAAAUUGUAUUGAUCAAUUCUACAAUAUUAAAUAAAACGUUAACUAAUAAUAUUUCAGGAAAUUUUAAAAAUCUAUAUAUAAUAAAAUGAAAGUAAUUAAUUUUCAGUGUUUUCAUGUUGCAGUUGAUCAACAUGUUGGCCUUUUGCUUCCCGUAGAUACUUUAAAAUUUCUUCAUAACACCUCGUUCGCACACAUGGCCGUAUAUAUUUAAAUUCUUGAGCCACUAACAGUCCGAAAUACUCAUUUCUUUUAUCCUCUUCUCCAUAAAUUAAGCAUUUAGAACAGUUUGUUUCUUCUUUCAGUAAAUUUUCUUUUACUUUAUCCUCGUUUUUUUCUUUGUUGCGACGACGCUGGGUAAAUCAUCUGGACACUGGGUCUCACUAUCGCCAAAUAUAUUUGGAGAUCGGCUUCGGCUACGGCUUGGCAGACAUUUUUUUCUUUCUACAAUUUUAAAUUAAAUUUAUUAGAAUAAAUGCUUCGAACACACGCGAUCUAAGUACCUUUUGUGUUUAUUAUACCUUACCUACCUAGGUAUAAAAAGAGUACUUACGUAGAUUUUCUUUUAUUAACUGUUUUAUACGAAGAUCUUGAUCUCUCAAAUUAGCAUCCAUUUUACUUCCAGUGAUUAUCAACUAAAUUAAUAAUCCACAAAGUAUUAAAUAACGUUUUUAUGAAAUAUUUAGCACAAAAACAAUACCCUUUAAAUAUCGAUCGUCAGUAACUGUGGCUGACUUACCUAUAUUCUAGCAAGCAGGACUGCCAGAUGUGAAGGGGAAAUCCCCAAUAAAUUGUUGCAUGUGACUGAUGAUGUGAGCAUGUUCGUUUCAUAAUAAAAAUGUUGCCAGGUAACCAAAAAGUCGUAUGUUUUUGUGCGAAUUACGAUCAUAAUCUUUACGAUCGUACAUUAAAAAAUAGACAAAUAAUAGUAUGAGUACGAUUUAAAUCGUAUAUCUGUCAACCCUGCUAGCAAGACAGCGACAAAAUCACGUUGCAUAACAAUGUAGCCCAAGCUUAUAUCUUAUGAAAUAUACGGAAGAGAUACGGACUUAGAAAAAACAGAAAUGUUGUUCUUUGUGGAAGUCAUUGAUGAAAUUCUAUGUAUUUUAGCCCGCAAACUUUCUUCAAACAAAAACAGCGCCAUCUAGUAUCGAGUUCUGUAAUUAUCUCUUUGUUUAUGGAUUUGAAGUAAGACCGCCACGCAUGCAAUACAUUAUGACUGGGGAUUCCCCUAUUCGUCGACGCUGAAUAUGAGGCGACGACAAUCACUGUCAAACGUGUUCACUAUUACUCUGACUCUGGUAACGUGACUUCCUGGUAACGUGUUAGGUAGGAAAAGCAGUAAAAAAGUGCAUAUUAAGGGAGCAGAUUUGAAAUAAUAUUUAUACUUAACAAGAAAUAAUUAAAGGUUCAAUGGGGAGACCUAAAGAUUUACGCAUAUGGGAGCACUACCGUACUUUACCAAACAAGUCUGUUUCUUGCAAGCUUUGUAAUAAGGUCUACAAAUUCAGUAAUGCUGCCAAAAUGCUUCAACAUCUUAUCACUUGUCCAAAAUCUCCAGAAACAUUAAAAGACUCUAUGAAACUUAUAAAAGAUAGCUCGUCCAAAACCAAAAUGUCUGGACUGUCAGAGAUAGAGACAAAUGAUUCUUUUAUAAGCCCCUCGUCGUCUGCUAACACUACAAUAAAUGCUGAGUUUCAAGACACCGAUGAUCAUAUAAAAACAGAAUUAGCGAGAGCUAUAUUUGUAACAGGGACGCCAUUAUCGAUGGUGCAACAUCCUUUAUGGAUACAAUUUUUCGAAAAAUUGCAACCAAAAUUUAAAAUACCUUCACGUAAAGCUUUAGCGACAAAAUACUUAGAUAAAAUAUAUAGAGAAAUGCGUUUUGAGUUAAAUGAGGAACUAAAUGCUUGUAGUUACUUACACCUUCAGUGCGAUGGCUGGUCUAAUUUAAGAAAUGAAGGAAUAAUAAACUUUCUUAUAUCAAAACCUCAACCUGCAUACGUUAAAAGUUUGAAUACAGAAAGUAAUCCUCACACUAGUGAAUACCUUAGCCAAGAAGUUGAAAAAGUAAUGAAAGUGUAUGGAGCAAAUAAGUUUCUUGUACUUAUUGGCGAUAACGCUAGAAAUAUACAAAAGGCAUUCGAAUUAACAAAACUCAAAUAUCCACAUGUUGUUCCUCUCGGUUGCUGUGCACAUAUCCUUAACUUGUUGUGCCAAGAUAUUGUAAAGAUACAAGAAGUAACUGUGUUUAUUAUGCAAGCCAUAAAUAUAAUAAAAACUGUUAAAAGGAGUCAACGAUUAAGUUCCUUGUUGAUAAAAUCAAGGCAGGGUGAAGAUUCUACACAAACACUAAAAUUGCCUUGUGCUACAAGAUGGGGAAGUCAUGUUACUUCGUUAAAAAGUUUGAAAGCAAAUAAGAUAGCUUUGCAAAUAUUAACAGUUAGAGAAGAUGUGGUAAUUUCAAGAGAUAUUAAAGAUUUAAUUCUAAGUGAUGAUUUCUGGACGAAGACAGGGGAAUGUAUAAGUAUUUUGGAACCAGUCACUGAAAGCAUAUUUUACUUAGAGAGCGACCAGAAUCGUUUGCAUCGCACAUACAUUACAUUUAGAGAUGUACAAGCUAAGAUACGUUUUGCAUUAAAUGAGAUUUCGACAUUGAGCGAAGAAAGCAAACAGCAGAUUCUAACAUCAGUAUCUUCAAGAUGCAAUAUGGCAAUGAGGCCAAUACAUUUUGCAGCAUAUAUUCUAGACCCCAGGACUCUAGGAGUCGAACUUACUCAAGAGGAAGAACUUAAGGGUAUGGAGUUUAUCUACAAUUUAAGCCAACACUUAAGUUUGUCAAAUGUAAUGGCAGAUUUGGCGUGUUAUAAAGCUAAAGAAAACUUUUGGGCCAGAGGAUUUGUAUGGAGCUCAUUAGAUAGCAUUGAGCCCCUAAUAUGGUGGAAAGGUAUUUGUGGUUCCACUGAGUUAAGCAAAGUAGCGAUUCGUAUUCUAUCAGCUCCCUGUACUUCGGCAGCCACUGAGCGUUCCUUUAGUAUCCAAGGCUACAUACAUAAUAACAAAAGAAAUCGACUUACAACUGAAAGAACUGAAAAAAUUUCAUUCAUUUGUUAUAACUGGAAUCUUAAACAUAAAGCUGAAUGCGAGGACAUUCAGUUUAAUGAAGAAAAUACCUUAGAAGCUUUCAUUGAGCAAGUAAAUGAACAUAACAGUUUAGACGAAAUAGAGCCUAUCGAACCUAUACAAUUCAUCGCUUGUAAUAACUCUGAAUCUGACAGUGAUUGACUGUAGUUUUAUAUUUUACUUUCAUCUCUUUCUUAAUAAACUCAAAAUCAAAUUAAAAGUUUUUUAUUCUGUAGGCUGCAUAAUAAUAUUGUCUAUGUCCAGUAUAGUGGACGUCUUGCGGCUGAGAUGACGAUGAUGAAGUACAAAAUCAUAAACACCCAAAAAUUUGGGUGUUUAUGGGGUUUAAACCCAAUAAACCCAAAACACCCGGUUUUUACCCACCAGACUUUAAACCCACCCAGGUGGAUUGCC